AUGGUGCCCUUGCCUUCUUCCGCGCUGCAGGAGGAUCCGGUCACUCUCCUGCUGCUCUGCAGUGUGUUUCCUCAGUCGUCCAGUCAAAGCUGGACAGCCACCUACGCAGGUGCCCCCGGAAGGCUUUGGCCCGGGGUGGCUCUGCUCUCCUCCAUCUCCCCUUCCCACGCCAUUUCUGCCCCGCAUAAUGGCUUCAGAGCCGGAUCGUUCAGGAAGGAAAGACGAGGGAAAGGAGAAGACCGAGAGGAGGAGGGAGCACGAUAUGGUCCUGAAGAGGGAAAGCAGAAGCAGCCCAGGAGAGCUGAGCUGGCCGAAGGCACAGAGGCUGCCUGGCGACGAGCCCGCGUGUGGGCACGUCCCGGCCGGUCAGCUCCUCCUCCCAGGGGUCUCACCACCUCCCGGGUUCUGAUGAGGUUGGAGGCUUUCCGCUUCACCCUUUCUCAGGGCACAGCUGCAGUCUCUUCAGUGGCUGCACAGGAAGCGUGGUCUUGGGAGCAGUACUUGAAGGAACAGAAGGCUAUAGCAGCACCUGUUGAACUGUUUUCCAAGGAUCAGUCCUUUCCAGAGCAUGAAAAUGGUUUUCAGAUUGGAAUGAGAUUAGAAGGCAUUGAUCCCCGACAUCCAUCUGUAUUCUGUGUGCUUUCUGUAGCUGAGGUGUGUGGUUACCGUCUAAGACUUCAUUUUGAUGGUUAUUUAAGCUGCUAUGAUUUUUGGACCAAUGCUGGUUCCCCUGACAUCCAUCCAGUAGGAUGGUGUGAAAAGACCAAACAUGAGUUGCACAUCCCUAAGGGUUAUAGAAAAGAUAAAUUUGUUUGGAUGGAUUACUUGAAGGCCUGCAAAUUGCAAAAUGCUCCCAAGAAAUUAUUCAUAAAUAGAAGUUCUAAUGGGCCGAUGCCUAAAGAAUUUCAGGUUGGAAUGAAGCUGGAGGCCGUCGAUAGGAAGAACCCUUCCUUGGUGUGUGUGGCGACCAUAGCAGAUAUUGUCGAAGAUCGCUUGCUAGUGCAUUUUGACAAUUGGGAUGAUUGUUAUGAUUACUGGUGUGAUGUUAAUAGUCCUUAUGUCCAGCCAGUUGGUUGGUGUCAGGAGAAUGGAAGAACUCUGAUAGCACCGCAAGGUUAUCCUGAUCCAGAAAAUUUUUCCUGGACAGAAUAUCUGGAAGCUACUCAAACUAAUGCAGUUCCUGCCAAAGUUUUUAAAAUGAGGUUGCCUCAUGGUUUUCUGCCAAAUAUGAAACUUGAAGUUGUGGAUAAACGAAAUCCCAGGUUAAUUCGUGUUGCUACGAUUAUAGAUGUUGAUGACCAAAGAGUAAAGUCCUUGACCAUCCGCCCAAACCACUGGCUACGGCCCAUGAAUCAGUCUAUAAUCGGACAUCUGCUCACUUCUCCUUCCAGGCAAAGUGCACAACCAAGUGCACUGCCCGAAGUUCUGCCCACUGAGAAGAUUUGCCCAUCACCACCGUCCUUCAGGGAUGUCCCAGAAAAGGGGCGCAGUGCCGCGGCUGUCCACUUUCGGGUGGUGCCUGCAUAUCGUGCAGAACCAGCUGUAAACCAGGCUCUAGCCUUGUCUUCCUCUGUCAGCUGA